ACCAAGGCUGGAAUAACAUUAAAGUUUUGGACUGCUUCUCAUCUGCCCUGCAUAAAGCUGCAUUGAAUGCAGCCUUUAUUAUGAAGUGUAGCUGAGCCCCUUCUGUUUGUUCUGGUGAAAUAAUAUGAAGCUAGUGUUUAGUUCGUGGAGUUAAGCUUCGGCCUUUGAUUUAUGACUACCUCUCGUUCCUUCUGAAAUGGAAGCAGAUUCGACCAUCCCAAUUUGGCAGAACAAGCCUUACGGUUCAUCACGCAGCUUUGUGAGAAUAAUUGGGACCAAUCUUCCUUUAAAGCCGUGUCCGAGAGCAUGCUUUCAGGCCCUACCAAAUGUUUCAGAUCUCUAUUUAAAUGACACACCUCCUGUCCCCACUCUGGCAGAUGUUGCAUGGAUAGCUUCAGACGAUGAAGAGACAUACGCUAGAGUCAGGACGGAUACGCGUCCCCUAAAGCACAAAUGGAAACCCACCCCACUCUUCGUUAUUCAGCGGAAUGCGUCUGUCCCAAAUUUGAGGAAGCAAGAGGAAAAGCUGUUGGCUUUGAAGAAACCAGGGUUACCCGCUUUGAGUCGGACUACCGAACUCCAGGAGGAACUGAGUCACCUUCGGAGUCAGAUAGCUAAGAUUGUAACUUCAGAUUCAGCUUCCUCUUCAUUAACACCCGAUUUAUUAUCUCCAGGAAGUUCAAAUGUCUCUUCUCCCUUACCUUGUUUUGGAUCCUCAUUCCAGUCUACAACUUCCUUUGUCAUUAGUGAUAUUACAGAGGAGGAGGCAGAAUUAGAAAGCCCAGAGCUUCCAUCUGUUUCCAUGCUUUGUUCUGCAACCUCUGAAUGUUGUAAAGCAGACUCAAAGGAUUCGGACGACGAAGAUUCAGUCUCUCUGUCAAAGGCCAGCAGUUUUGCAGAUAUGAUGGGCAUUCUUAAAGACAUUCAUAGGAUGAAACAGAACAAAGACUUGAACAGAACUUUAUUGAAAGAAGAGGAUCCUGCCAUUCUUAUAGCAGAAGCUUUAAGGAGAAAAUUUGCCUUGAAGGACGAAGACGUAACCAUGAAAAAGAACUGACACUAUGGUUCUGAGAAGAUACUCCAUUUAUUACCGUGUAAAGCAAGUAAUUGUCCAUCUAUGAUUUUUCUCUACAGUGGCUGCUUUCCUUGGAGCAUCCAAGAUCCUUUAGAGAUUUGGGGUUUUUCAAAUGUAUGUGUGGAAAUUGCACUUAGGCAAGCAGGACUGUCAUUUGCUAUGUUUUUUCCCCACACAGCUGUGAGAUACAACUUUUUUUAAAAACGCUAAUUUCCCACAGCAACCUGAACAGAAGCCUUGUUAGUAAAAAAAAAAAUCCUCUACAGUGAAAGCGGCCAGCGACUGGCUCAGUGAUAAGUUAAAUUAAAAAUGAACUGUUGGCAAUUUCA